GGGCAGAUCUCCUGGGUUGCUGCCUUCACUGAGGAAGGGGGAGGGGAGGUGGUAAGGGGAGCGCUGCAUCGUCGGGUUUCUAUAUCCAGUGCACAGCUCCUGGUGUGUGUGUGCGCGAGAGAGGAAGGGAGUGCGUUUGCUGCCUGAAGGCUGGUGCUGCUGGCAACCAGGCAUCGGGGAGCCCCUUUGCUGGUUGCUGAAUGGUUACAAGUGUUGCAAUGCAAAAUACAAAAGCAUCGCUGGAGGAGAGGCUGCAUUUGAAGCUCCACUGGUAAAAUCUUAGGGAGGGGGCUUUCCAAGGAAUUCAGAACCAGCCAGCCAGGGCUCCAGGCAGUGGAGUGCCUUCCUCCCUGCUCGCUUCACAUUCCUUCUCCGGGAAGGGAGGAAAAAGAAUCCAGAAAACCCUGCCACAGACCGACUCUGCCAGAGCCUAACAGGUGCUUGCUGGGAUUUGACUGGGGAGAAGAAGGCGGGAGAAAAGUUGACUGGAAAAAUCAAGCUGGGCAAAGGUGCAUGGAUCUUGUGCCAAGUGGAGGUCCCGGGUCUGCCUGAGAACAGCGCGUCUGGAGAAGCACCGAGGGAUGUCUUGUCAGUGACCUGCUUGAUCUCCCGAGGAACGCUGAGCCCUGCCUGCAAACUUUGCCCUGCCAGAAGUUGCGAGGGAUAAAAGCCCAGGAACAAAGCGGCUCUCCUCUGCUGACCAAACCACUGGAGCUCAACUGUUGCAUCCUGGUUUGGUCUGGUGGAAGCAUCCCCACCUGUGCCUCCUCUGCUCCAAAGCUCGUGCCGCGGCAUCCGUAUUAGCGGUGGGAUCCAGUGCCCCAGAUUUUGGGGGCUGGAAGAGCAGCAUGCUGGCGGCUGCAGCCAGCGCCCAGAGCCCCGGUGUCUGACCCCCAGGUGGCGUCGGAGCGGUGGCGGCCAUGGCUGCAGCAAUCGCCAGCUCCCUGAUCCGCCAGAAGAGACAAGCCAGGGAGCGGGAGAAAUCCAACGCUUGCAAGUGUGUCAACAGCCCCAGCAAGAGCAAGGGCAGCUGCGAGAAGAACAAGCUGAAUGUGUUCUCCAGGGUCAAACUCUUCAGCUCCAAGAAAAGACGGAGAAGGCGACCAGAGCCACAGCUUAAAGGAAUAGUAACAAAACUAUAUAGCAGGCAAGGCUACCACUUGCAGUUGCAAGCAGAUGGAACAAUUGAUGGGACAAAAGAGGAGGACAGUAGUUAUACUUUGUUUAACCUCAUACCCGUGGGCUUACGAGUGGUGGCUAUUCAAGGGGUUCAAACGAAAUUGUAUUUGGCAAUGAACAGUGAAGGAUACCUAUACACAUCCGAACAUUUCACACCUGAAUGCAAGUUCAAAGAAUCAGUAUUUGAAAACUACUAUGUGACAUAUUCUUCAAUGAUCUACAGACAGCAACAGUCUGGCAGGGGUUGGUAUCUGGGUCUUAACAAAGAAGGCGAAAUUAUGAAAGGAAACCACGUGAAGAAAAAUAAACCCGCAGCACACUUUCUUCCAAAACCCUUAAAAGUGGCCAUGUACAAAGAACCUUCUCUUCACGAUCUCACAGAAUUUUCAAGAUCUGGAAGUGGGACCCCGACAAAAAGCAGAAGCGUUUCAGGAGUGUUAAAUGGGGGGAAAUCCAUGAGUCAAAAUGAAUCAACGUAGCCAGGUUAAGGCAAGCCAAGUGCUCUGUAAAUGGAACCUUACCUCUGGAUGCCGUUGAAUUCUUACUAGCAGUCUUUCAUCCAAACCGUUCAAUUGUUCAGGACAAGCCGCCGAACUUGCAUAGGUCACUCGUUUAUCAGCCAUUAGAUCUUCUGGUUGUCAAAGGAUAUAUCCCAAAUAUGUAGAAUAUGCGUGUGCAUAUCACAAGGCACCUGGAUAGCCAGCAAAACAUAACUGUGGAAUAAAUCUCAGAGAAGAAAUGUCCAGCUCUUUUUCCUCUCUCUCUUUCUCUCUCUAGUUUUCCACAAAGCAUAGGAGAGAAAAAAACAAAAACAUUUCUCAGCAUUCACUGCUGAUAAGAAUUUGCUUUCCAACCAAGAAAUAAAAAGACCACUUUUGCUCUUCAAAGGAAAUUUUAAUGCUUAUAUGUUUUAUGGGGGCAAACAACAAAAAUGUAAACUGUUCUUUUCUUGGCUUACUGUUUUAUAUCUAAGGCUUGAUAACAAAGGUAUCCUUUAAUUUGGAUUUGUGCAACUUUUUGAUUUCUCAACUCCAAUGGGCCUUUAAAGCUGUGUCUUUAAAAAAAAAAACAAUAAAUUCAGGGCUGGAACUGAGAGUCGGUGUCUCAGGCUCAAGCAAACAGUGUUCUUGUGAUUUUAAACACACUGAAAUAUAAAUUUUUAUAGAUUUGUAGCAUUCUGGUAAAGUUCUUGUGCUGACCCCAGUCUGUAGGAAUUGAGUUGUUUUGUUAACCCGAGUCAGUGGAAAAUAACGUAAAGGGAUAAAGUUAUCCUCCAGUGUAGAUUUAUCUUAAUUCCAUUUUGUGUACCAUGUUAAACUAUUGUUGUGGCGUCUUUUCUAAAGACAGAAAUUGUGGAAUUAAGGUGACUUAAUUUUUAUAAGAAAUGUCUUAUUUGUAAAAGUCCUUCUUUCCCUGUAAUGGGCACGUGAUUCUUGUGUAGGAGGAAGUGUUAGGACAGGUUACCCCUAAACAACAUAUACUCAGACAUGCUAUUGGAAAAAUUGUUUAAAAAUUUAGUUAGGUUUCCAUUUAGGUCAUCAUAUCUGUUGCAUGGGAGAAAGUUGGAAUAUUGGCAUAGAGUUGCAUGAGGUGUAAGAUUUUGUGCAUUAACCAUCAUUGGAUUCUGUGCUCCAAACCUGACAUAGUUCUGUACAAGCAGUUGUCUGCCUUGUACAAAAGAGUUGUUUAUUAUUUGUUGUAUACACAAUCAUGCACUGAAUAAACUAUUUAUAUUAAGAUGUA